GUAUUUCAACGUCAAAUUACGACAUUUAUAUCAACGUUAUCAGUUAGAUUAAUUUUUAUCGUGUAGAUUACCGGCAUAUAGAAAGCAUACAUUUAAUCAAUGCGACUAAAUUGUACGAAUCCUAAAUCCACAUUGUACAGCUUUUGUACGAUGCAACAAUAUAAUCGCGUAGCAACUGUCGACGGACAUUUACAUUGAACAUAGGGAACGGCGGUUGUAGGUGAUUCUUGAUUAAACUACGUGGAUACAGCAGCUUAUGCUAAGGUACUCUGUUGCGACUAUUGUUGUCACAAUAGGCAACUAAACAAUAUCUUCACAAAGGACGUAUUAAGAUAAAAUCCUUCGCAGUCAUGGAGUCUAAUGAUAGAAAAAAUGUAUAUCUUUCUAAAAAUCCUGAUAAUUCCUUAAAUUCUGGAAUGAGAGAUACUAUGAUUGUUAAUCCUGGAAAUAUACCCCCCGUCAAUUAUACUUUUUUAGAAUGUGGCGACGGGGUAAUGAAGCCUGUUAGCGUUUCUGGUGUUUCAUCCAAUCAAGCAAAGUGGUCUAAUGCUCAAAAUAAAAAUUUUAUUAUUAAUGCUGUUCCGGUUAAAAAUGAAAUAGUUCAUCUUGAAGGUGGGACUCAUUGCAAUAAAAAGAUGUAUUAUUACGAUAGACAUUAUGGUCAUGAAGAAAUUGAGAAACCAACACGUAGAGGAACAAAGAGAUAUAGAGACAAGGAUGCUCCAAAGCGUGCACUUUCAGCGUUUUUCUACUUUUGCCAAGAAUUACGUGGUAAAAUGAGAGAAUUGCAUCCAGAAAUGGGUGUUGGUGACAUUGCUAAAGAAUUGGGUAAACUUUGGAUGACAACCGAUUUGCAAACUAAAUCAAAAUAUAUGGCUAUUGCUGAAGAAGAUAGAGUUAGAUAUGAAAGAGAAAUAAUAGCGUACAAUAAGAGGAUGAAAAACUACGAUCCAGAAGAUGUUGGAACAGUGUAAAGUGGCAACUAUAAGAAAUAAUCUUAUAGACAAUAUAUAUGGUCUUAAAUUCAUGGAUAUAUAAUAAUUUUAACUACUAAUCUGUUAUAAUUAUUCUUUGUAUAUAAUAUGUGCACAGUCUAUAUUAAUAUCAAGAAUGAGUACCGCUCUAGAUUUUAAUCUAUCACUAACAGUAAAAAAAAUCAAUGACUUAUCAGAAGAGAAAUAAUUUAUAAUUAUACUUUUUAGUGAUAUAAGACAUUUUAUGAAAUAUUUUCAUUAGGCAUACUUUUAAAAUCUUGAAUUUUAAUAGUAUGUUCUUAGAAUUGGUCUUUAUGUUAUCAUAUACGGUGACGAAUAUAAUAAGGAUAUUCUUGAAUUGAACAACACUGAUAAUGAAUCUUCGCUGAAGUGUUUAUUUCAUUUGAGUUUAAACUAGACCCUGUAUUUUUAAAAUAUUCCAAAAAGGAAAUGUAAAAUUUUAUUAAUAUGUUAUCAAAAUUAUUUUUACGAGAUAAUGUGUGCUAUUAUAUUUACAAAGGAAGUAUAAUAUUGAUAUCAAUAUAACAGUAAUAAAA